AGAGGGGGGGUCUUUUCUCCCCGGAUUGCAUUGAUAAAGGCACGGUAAAGCUCCCUGCUUGGGAAUUUCCCCUCUAUAAAUGGAUUAAGCUGAGGGGAAGGUGUGUUUGGGGAGGGAGGAGAGGAAGCAGACCAGGAUUUAUUCUUUCUGUCAUUGAAAAAAAAAAAGGAAGAAAGGAAGAAAGAAAGAAAGAGGGAAGCUGCUGGUUGUGACUUCUGCAACAGAAGGUCAGAAAGCCCGGGGUUCCCCUCAUAGCGCACACACCCUGUAAACUUUUAGGCAGCUCCAUGGAAACUUGUUAUUAGUGCUGCAGUCAUUAAAAGGCGCAGCCCACGGCAGAUUUAUUAGCUCAGUAAACCACAACACGUGCCAAGCUCUCUGGAAACAAAAGGGUCUGUCAGCUUUAGUCCUCCUGCUUCGUAUUUGAGAAGGCUGGGAGGAGAGUGGUGAGGAUGGAGCUGGUGGUGAGGACAAAGUUGGUGGCUUGUGUCGUGGGGAAGUGGCAUUGCCUCCGUUAACCGACGCUCUCCACCACGGUUAGCGAGUGUAAUUUGGCGGCAGCGAAGACAUUGGAGCACGGCGAGCCCUGCUGAGCUCACGCUGUUCAUCGCGGCAGCGGGACGAACAGCCCCCAGUCUCUCAAAUGGAAAGCUUUCCCGGUGUGCCUGCCAUGAUAAAUCAGCUGCCGUGAGCCUGAAUAACAGCAUUCACUGAAGUUACAGUAGGAAACUUGUCUGGGCGGACACUGUGCCAUUGCUCUGCAGAGAGCAGCCGGUGCCGAUGGCUGGCGUUGCGCUGAAAUAUCGCAUUGAUCGCCGCUCCAAGGGUCAGCUGGCAGCACCGGCUUACUGCAGCGGAAAAACAUUCUGUGCUUCCCCAGCCCCACAGUGAGCAGCCGUGUGUGCCAUCCCAGUGCUAGACAGAGCUGGGAGAAAAAAGGUACAAUGCAGUUCCUGGCCUGGUUCAAUUUGCUGCUUCUCCUUCCUUGUUUUGGUAUGACCAAAACCUGCUUCCCCGGCUGCCACUGUGAAGUGGAAACCUUUGGUCUCUUUGACAGCUUUAGCUUGACCAAGGUGGACUGCAGUGGAAUAGGCUCACAUAUUGUUCCUGUCCCAAUACCUCUGGAUACCUCCUACUUGGAUCUAUCAUCAAACAAACUGGAAACAAUAAAUGAAUCAAUGCUUACGGGCCCUGGAUACACCACACUGGUGAGUCUUGACCUGAGCUACAACAAAAUUGCCAAGAUUUCCUCCACAACCUUCUCCAGGCUUCGGUACCUGGAGUCCUUAGAUCUGAGUCAUAACUCUUUGGAAGUCCUUCCAGAAGACUGUUUCUCCAGUUCUCCUCUAGGUGACAUAGAUUUGAGCAAUAACAAGCUCUUGGAUAUAGCUAUGGAUAUUUUUGCAUCAAAAGGUCAAGGAAAAUCCCUGAAUGUGGAUCUAUCCAAUAAUAAGCUCAGCACAAUUACAAGGCACCAUAAAAAGAGUAUCCCCAACAUCCAGAAUUUAAAUCUUUCUGGAAACAGGCUAACAUUUGUGCCAAACCUUCAAGGCAUUCCUCUCCGAUAUUUAAAUCUUGAUGGGAACCCUCUAGUUAAGGUUGAGAAAGGAGACUUCACAGGGCUGAAAGAUUUGAUUCAUUUAUCCCUCAGUGGCCUGCGUGGCUUUCAAGAGUUAUCUCCUCAUAGCUUCAAGGAACUCUCAGCCCUUCAAGUUCUGGAUUUAUCCAACAAUCCCAACUUGAGUUCACUGACUGCUGAAGUUAUCUUUGGUCUGAACUCCCUACAAGAGCUCAACCUCUCUGGGACAGGUGUGUCAUCCUUGCCAAAGACUGUGCUGAAAUAUCUGCCUUCCAUCAAAAGCAUCACCUUGGGGAAGAACAUACAGUGUCUUAAGACUAUCAAAGAAGGACAGUACCACCGACAAAUUGGGCUGACUAAAAAAGAAGUCCUCAGUUGCCAUGACAGCCAUGGGUCCAUAGCAGCAGUACCUUAUGUUUCGUGAUGAAAGCUGAGGAGAAGAAGGGGUGGGACAGGGAGGGUGGAGGGCCAUGGAAUUUGUACAGGUGUCAGACUGAGAUGGCUUGCAGUGUGCCUUUUGUAAAACUGUCAAUAAUUUAUAUAUUUGUAUAUGCCAAUAGUUAGUUGAUUGUGCAUUUUAUAAACUCUCAAAUCUUGGCCCACGUUAUCUGCAGGCUCCAAACUUUACCUGGUGCAUUUUGGUCCUGCACUCAUCAUGUUGGCCAAGAGCAGUGAUGCUGGACAAUGGGGGCCAAGCUGCUCUGCAGGUCCCAUAGUAGAACAAUCAGCCUAGAGCAAACCUUCAUGCCUCAGACAUGUUUGUAGGAGCAAAGCUACAUCUCUCCAAAGCACACACCAAAAUGUACCAACUCUGUAGCUGCUUACUUACAAACCCAUGCAUCAUCCUUUUUUUAAUUAUUACUCCCCAAAAUGUGCCUUCUGGAUGUUGCCCUCAUUAGCAGCACCCUGUUCUUUGUCAUGCACUUUCAGUCUUGAAGAAACAUUUCCAGACAAAGCUGAACACAGGGUGCUCCUAAUGUGCUGGGUUUUACAUGUUAUUUGCAUAGGUGUGCAACAAAACCUAAGUCAAGGACUUUUCCCACAAGUUUCUCCCUGUUUUUCCAUCCUUAUCCUUUUCAUGUCUAAUUAAAUUAGUUUCAGCUUUGGCAACCUCUUGUCUUUUUAACCUCAGCAAGCCAUUGCUCAGAAAUUAUGUGCAGC